GCCAUGUUGGAUCCAUAAAGAAACACCAGUUACGGGAUUAUAAAGCCUUUUGCAAAUAGGAAGAGAGAAUUCCUACGGUCAUAGAUUUAGUAUGUCUGCCACUGAAUACAAUAACUUACUCCUCGCAAUAAGCCGGAAACUCGACGAACUGAUUGCACUCGAUGACCUUCUGUUCAUGUGCAGAGGGAAGCUGGCGCCUGGCAGCGAAGGCAACAUCCACGAUACUCUGUCGUUGUGUAAAGAGUUGGAGGAAAAUAAUAAUUUAGGAAUUGAUCGCCUCCAGCUAAUGAAAAGGCUGUUGAGGGGUGUCGAAGACUGGGCUCUUCUUGAAAAGGUGGAGAAAUUCGAGUGCAAAAGAAAGGAAUACAAGGCCUUGCUUGAAAAGGUUAUUUCUUCACUCGACGCGCUCAAUGAUCUGGAACGACUGAUCGCGAUAUGCAGGGGAAGUGUUCGCGAAGGGAGUGAAGGCAACAUUGAGGAUGUUCGCUCGCUGUUUAGAGAACUGGAGAACCAAGACAAUCUUGAGAUUGACUAUCUCGAUGUUGUGAAGAACAUUCUAGCUGAAACAGAGUCAAACGAGCUUUUGAAGGAACUCGAAGAGUUCGAAGAACGAAGAAAUCGGGAAGAUAAAUCCGAAGCGAGGAAAGCACAAAGAGCUGCUCUUAUGUCAUCCGUCAGAAGCACAUUGGUAGGAGUGGUGAACAUUAAAACAGUAUUCAAAGUAGUUGCUGGCGGCCUUACAGUCGUUUCUGCCAUGGAGGUGUUGAGUCGUUGGUCCUCAUUUGAUCAGCUGGUUGCAGCCGUACAAACCUGUGUGCUUCCAGCCGGCACAAGGCUGGUUCAAAUCACAGAUGGCUGUGUGUGCCUCACAGUUCAAGCUGAAAGUUUAUCAGCUCUUAAACUUUUGUGGAAGUUGUAUCAGGAUGGAACCCUUCAAAAACAUCUGCACGAUUUCUUUGUCACUGAUGAGGUGAGAGAACUCGCCGAUGGAGAGGAUGUGGAGGUGAAUGUCACCAUCGAUG